AUGCGGCAACGAGCAGAUUCCCAUCUUGUUCUCGGCGGCAGUCUCAGUUUUCUCCGACAUAUAUGCCUCCCUCUUGCCAAUGUUGUUGGUCAGAAAUCUCAACACGACAAGCCGACAACGACUCAGCCCGUACGCCUUAUUCUCUGCUGGAUUAUUGACAGCUGGAAUCGGUGUUGCAAGGUUGAUAUUCCUCGUGAAGGUUACCUCCAACUACCAGCUGGGGCCCACUACCCAUGA